AUGGACCGGCUUGGCAUCAGCGGGUGCCUCCGAGGCUUCGUGUCCGCCUUCCCGUCCGGGAGGACCUUCUGCGUCCGUGUUGGAGGGGUGACCAGCCAGCCUAGGGACAUCACUACCGGAGUCCCACAAGGACUUCCAGCCUCCCUCCCGACAGACACCAGGUUCCCGGCCCGCUGCUCCGUCUACGCUGAUGACGUGGCACCGUGGGCAAGGGGACCAAGGCGGUCCAUUCCUGCCAUCAGGAGGUCACUGCAGGCAGCCCUGGAUGCAGUGAUCUCCUUCCUCGGAGGCAUCGGCCUCAAAGUCUCUGCCACCAAGACCGAGGCCCUGCUGAUCCAUCCACUCGCUGCGGCACGGGUCUACGUGAAGCCACUGAGGGUCGGCAACCGCAGUCUCCCCUGGAGAAAGGAGGUGAGGUACCUGGGCCUCACUGUCGACCACCGGCUCACCUGGAUCCCCGCUGCGAAGGCCGCCGCCACCAAGGUCCGACGAGUUCAAGGGGCCAUCGGCAAACUGCAGCAGCGUGGCCGCGGAUGCUCCACGAAGUGGGCGCUGCGGCUCAACCAGGCCGCGGCUUCCUCCGUUCUGCUGUAUGCCCUGCCGCUGGUGAACCUGACGCCAGCCAGGAGAUGCCUGCUGGAGGGACUGCACAGAGGAGCCGUGAGGACUAUCCUAGGGCUCCCCAGGUGCUCCCCUGUUGCAGCGACGCUUGCGGAGGCGAGAGAGUGGCCCCUGACGCUAUGCAUGCUCCAGCGAGCGUUGGGGCACAUCGACCUCCUCCACCGUGCCGCGGACGGUGCAGCCCUUCUGGAACGCUUGCGCAGCCUGCCAGGAUCCAGGAUGGGAGGCCUCCUCCCAUUUUACCACCAGAUGGUACCGGAUCCACCAGCCCCUGUCGCCUCUCCGCCGCCACACCACCGGCCUUCUGAGGUGCACCUCCACCUGGCCGGGGCAACGAAGCGACGAACUCCUGCAGCAGCACUGCAGCAGGCAGCCUCCUGCAAGCUCCAGGAUCAACUAGAGGGUCGGCUGCAGGUUUUCACGGAUGGAUCUGUGAUGCCAGAUGGGACUGCAGCGGCGGCUUGCGUCGUCCCUGCACGGACCAGCAGCAGGCAGUGUAAGCUGCCUUUCCCGGCCAGUUCAACGGCGGCAGAGCUCGCCGGACUCCACCUGGCAGCUGACCUACUGGCAGAGGACAUCCAAUCAGAGCCUGUCGCCGUCCUCUGUGACAGCAAGGCAGCACUACAGAUCCUGGCCAACCAUCGAGACACCGGACUGACCGGAAGCCUCCUGGCGGCCAAGUACCGUACCCUUGCUGCAUCUGGUGCGUCUGUCUCCUUCCACUGGCUGCCCUCCCAUGUGGGCAUAGCUGGUAACGAGGAGGCAGACGCGCUUGCCAAGGCAGCACACCAGCCUGGCACCCCCAUCACCCGGGCCGUCGCGGCUAGGGACUACACGCAGGCCCGUCUCAAGAAGCUCCUGGUCACGGUCCACCCAGACUCAAGGGUGGCCAGUGGACGAGGGCCAAAGCUGCUACCAGAGACGGGCCUCACCAGGAGAGAUCGGUCCGCCCUGCUGCGCCUGCGGACCGGCUGUGUGUGCACCGCUGCCCACCGACAUGCGAAGGGUCUCUGCGCCUCCCCAGCCUGCAGCCGCUGCGGCGAUCCUGAGACCCUCGAGCACCUCCACUGUGCCUGUCCUGGCUUGGCACAGGAAUGCUCGAGGGUCACUACGGCCUACCGGAGCCAGGGCCUACCUGCCUCCACACUCGAACACCUGCUCUUCCCGUCGCGUCCCCACCUGCCAGCACUCCGGAGCCUGGUGGAGUUCCUGGACGAGACGGGAAUACCCGCUACAGAUGAGCCGGGAACUUGCCGCCCCUGCCCUUGCUGCCGUCUUCCCUGCUGCUCCGGCCACGGUCGGCACCGGAAGGUGAAGACCCUCCGCGAUGGCCCGGGUCCUCCUGACAGCCAGCAGUUGCAGAUCGAGGUCCGGGCUGUGUAA